AUGUCUACCGCUAUAGUGACCGGCGCAACCGGCAUCCUCGGUCGAGAAAUUGUCAAGGAGCUGGGCAGCAGGCCUAACGAAUGGUCGCAGAUUUACGCUCUAUCACGUUCAAAGAAGGAGGAGUUUCCCGGAAAUGUCGUGCAGAGCCACAUUGACUUAUGUGCCUCCACGCAAGAGAUGGCCCAAGAAAUGAAGGGUAUCGAAGCGGAGUAUAUCUUUUUCGCCGCGUACUUGGAACAAAGCAGCGAGGCCGAGAACAGCAAAGUCAACGGAGACAUGUUCGAGGCCUUUCUCAGGGCUCUUGAGAUCAACAACAGUGUCUCGAAAAUCAAACGCGUUAUUCUUGUCUGCGGUGCCAAACAAUACGGCGUUCAACACGGCCGCGUAAAGAUUCCGAUGCAGGAGACGGAUCCUUGGUUACCCGAGGAGGAACCAUUCGCGCCAAACUUUUACUACCGGCAACAGCGGAUUCUCCAGGAGUUUUGCGCCAGGCACACUCACAUAUCCUGGGUUGUAACCUACCCGAGCGAAGUGAUCGGCAUCGCCAAGGGAAACUUCAUGAACUUUGGCACCGCCGUCGCCGUCUACGCCGCCACCCAGCGCGAGCUGGGGGAAAGCGAGCUCGUCUUCCCAGGCGCCGAAGACUUUUACACCAGGGUCACCAUGUUCACUGACGCCCAGGUGCAUGGACAGUUUUGCCGAUGGGCCGCCCUGGAGCCGCGUGCCGGAAACCAGGCCUUCAACGUGGUCAACGGCGACGCAGCGUCCUGGCAGGACCUUUUCCCACGCGUCGCGAAUUACUUUGGUCUUCGCGUCCCUGACGACCAGUUUAUGCGUCCGGCCCCUGCGCCGUCGGAGCGUAGACUCGCGGCACAGACGCCCUUGUCACUGUCAGCCAAAGCAAUGGGCCUGUCGAACCUUGCCGGCGAAACCUCGACCAUCAGACAGAGAAUCGACCUGGUGCAAUGGAGCAAGAAGGAAGAAGUCCAGCAGGCGUGGAAGCGGCUCGCGGACCGGGAUGGCCUGGACCGGGAGGCCCUUGACAGAGCAUCGUGGGCUUUUGCCGGAUUCGCGUGGGGUCGGGAUUACGAUGUCGUGCUCAGCAUGACCAGGGCACGUAAACUGGGAUGGACAGGGUACGCAGACUCAUGGGACAGUUUUGAGACGGUAUUCGGACAGCUGAAAGACGCGAGAGUCAUUCCCAAAUAG